GGUCUGCGGGGUCCGGUGUGUGGGGUGGUGGCCGGGCCAUGGGCCUGGGGGCCAGCGCCGGCCGGACCCACGGCGGCGCGGAGGGCUUCCAUCUGCACGGGGUUCAGGAGAACUCUCCCGCGCAGCAGGCUGGCUUGGAGCCCUUCUUUGACUUUAUCCUCACGAUCGGCCACGCCAGGCUGAACAAGGAGAAUGCCACCCUGAAAGAUCUGCUGAAGGCCAAUGUGGAGAAGCCGGUGAAGCUGGAGGUUUAUAAUAUGAAGACGAUGAAGGUGCGGGAGGUGGAGGUGGUCCCCAGCAACAUGUGGGGAGGCCAGGGCCUGCUGGGGGCCAGCGUCCGCUUCUGCAGCUUCCGGGGAGCCAGUGAGCACGUAUGGCAUGUGUUGGAUGUGGAGCCCUCGUCCCCAGCCGCCCUGGCCGGCCUGCAGCCCUACACGGACUACGUGGUGGGGUCUGACCAGAUCCUUCAGGAGUCGGAGGACUUCUACUCCCUCAUCGAAUCCCAUGAGGGGAAGCCGCUGAAGCUGCUCGUUUACAACUGGGAGACUGAUGCCUGUCGUGAGGUGCUGGUCACGCCCAACAGCGCUUGGGGCGGAGAGGGAAGCUUGGGAUGUGGCAUCGGCUACGGCUACCUGCACAGAAUACCCUCUCAGCCCGGCCACCAGAAGAGGAAACCAGGACCUGUCUCCCCUUCCCCUGUCCUUCCCACCCUGACUCCUCCUUCAUCCGGCCCCUUGGACGACCCUCUACCAGCUCAGGCCCUUGAUGGCUUCACGGAGGCUCCCCUGCAGGCGCCAAGCUCCCAUGCUGAUUCUGCACUCGCCCAACCCUCCCUUGCUGAUGGCAGCAUUUCGGACCUCCCUCCCAGCUUCGAGGCUGGUGUUGGGGUCCUGGAGACACUCCUCCAGCCUCCACCGCCCAUCCAGAGAGUGAUGGACCCAGGUUUCUUGGACGUGCCUGUUUCUGUACACGUGCCUUCUGCUACUGCUUCCCUGCCGUAUGCCGUCGCCCUGGCUGGGCUGGAUGGGGACCAGAGGGAGCUGGCUGUUCCUGACACUGCUACUGCACUUCCUGAUCCAGUCCAGGGUUUAUUCCUGGAUGAGCCAGGGGCAGUGUCUCCCUCGGCGCAGUCGACUUUCACACUCUCGCAGGAUGCAUCAUCCUCCAUGCCAGCACUGCUGGAUGCAGGUCCUGACUUUCUGUCUGCAGAGCACACUGAGGACUCGGCCCUUCCUGGCCUGCUUGGGGCCAGUGGACAGACAGAAGGUCUGAAUGCCGAGCCAGAGCAGGAAUAGUCUCAGCCCCGGCGGCCGCCUCUGGCCCCUUGGCCACCUCCAGGAGAAGCCCACACGUAGGCUCCUCUGCUGUUGUCUUUCUUGGGUGGGGCUCCAUCGGGUUUGUUCCCAAGGCUUAACUGGUUCCUGGCCUGGGCAGGGGAGAAUGUAAUACCUUCCCAUGGUUCCGGGAAAUAGACUGGGACGGCAGCAGCCAUGAGGGACCCUGGCAGGAGGGCCAGGUCAGUGAUGGUCCCUGGCCCCCUCCAGCCAGGUGCCAGGGCAGUUAAUAAAGGCAGCGUGGAGCUGCGGUGCUGACAGUACGCUCCAGCCGUA